AUGAUGUCAGCUGUUGUACGUAAAAUUAUUUCGACCACUAAAGCACCGGCUGCAAUUGGACCUUACAGUCAAGCAGUAUUGAUCAAUAAAACUUUAUAUAUAAGCGGAUCGCUUGGAUUGGUACCAGAGACUGGCGUAUUUGCAGGAAACAAUGUGAAGGAUCAAGCUGAGCAAUCACUAAAGAAUAUUGGCUCUAUUCUAGAAGCAGCGGGAAUAUCAUAUAAGAACGUUAUAAAAACAACUAUUUUAAUGGCGGACAUGAAAGAUUUUGCGGUUGUUAAUGAAGUUUACAAGAAAUAUUUUACUGAACGGUAUCCCGCUCGUACAUCUUUUCAGGUUGCCGGUUUGCCACUUAAUGCUCUCGUUGAAAUCGAAGCAAUUGCCGUUAUUUGUGACAUUAAAGAUGAAUAA